CACCUUAGGGUAUACUGCCGAUAGUCGGUAGAGCGCAAUCUCUAUUUUCUGCUCCGCCCUCCGCCCUCCGCAAUCCGCUAACUCGCUAAACGAUAUCCACGACAGCGACUCCGAUAGCGACAGCCGACUCCCCACCGAACACCAUCACCGGCGUCACCCAGACACCCACCAUCUCAGGUUCCUUAUUGAGAGUUUGAGGCCAUUAAUAUCAACGGAUUAACAAGGUGUCAACUAAAAUGGCAAUGUUAUCCAGAGCCCGUGUUGUUUCUUCAAAUUUGUUUGGGAAGUUGGCCUUCCAAAAUCCAAUCCAUCGCGCUUUUAGCUCUUCUUCAACACAAGGAACACAUUCCCAUGACAAAAUGAUGAAUAACAACCCAAUGUUCUCAUUGGACAUAAGUUCCCAAAUUGGAAGCUGUAUGCCCAUAUCCAUGAUGCGGAUUGGAACCAUAAUCCACAACAUUGAAAUGAACCCGGGUCAAGGAGGAAAGUUAGUCCGUGCUGCAGGCACAUCAGCAAAGAUCUUGAAAGAACCAUCUGCCACUAAGCUUUGUUUAAUCAGACUCCCAUCUGGUGUUGAAAAGUUGAUUGAUUCCCGGUGUAGGGCCACAAUCGGGGUGGUGUCCAACCCCGAACAUGCAACCAAGAAGCUCAGGAAGGCGGGGCAGAGCCGCUGGCUUGGGCGGCGGCCGGUGGUUCGAGGUGUUGCUAUGAAUCCGGUGGACCAUCCGCAUGGUGGUGGUGAAGGGAAGAGUAAGAGUAGCGGUUGUAGAGGCGGUGUUUCCAAGACCCCAUGGGGGAAACCCACUAAGAGUGGGUUUAAAACGGGCCCACUUAAGAGGAGGAAGUAGCUUUGAAUUUUGAUUGCUUGUUAUGUUUUAGGAGGUUAAUUUUUUUUUGAGUUUUGAGUUUUGAUCAUGGUUUGGUUUUUUCUUUUUAAGAAAUGAAAAUAAAGAUCAAACAUAAAAGGGUAUCUAAACAAGAACUUUUUUUUUUUUUUUUGUAACAUGUGUAAUUUCUUUAUUUGAAUUCUUUUUAGCUUUCAUUGUUUUGUGGUUA